AUGACAUCUAACACGACGACCACUGGUCAAGUGGGGGGACUGCUGGAAGCAGACGUCAAUCAGGGUCUGAUGGACGAGGGCACUUAUCGUCUGAUUGUCCUCGUCUGCUUCGUCAUCACCGUCAUCAUCAGCCCUCUUGGCAUCAUCUUCAACAUCAUCAACAUCGUCGUUUUCUGUAAACUUGGCUUUAAAGAGAGCACCAACAUUAUCCUGGUCAGUUUGGCUGUGACGGACAUCUUCAUCUUGCUGACCGUUAUCGGCACGGCCUUCAGCUCUGACGUUAUCUUCCCGUCGUUAGCUCAAAGUCUGGACAUUCUUGACGCUGUUGCCUACAUAGUUCUAGGCUGGCCCAACGUUGUAACAACCCGAGUAACGGGUUGUCUGACAACCUUCUUAGCUCUUGAAAGGUUUCUCUGUGUGGUACUGCCUCUGAGGGUAAAAGUAAUUAUGCAGAAAAACAUUUCAGUUAGAUUUACUAUAGCGCUGUGUCUAUUCUCGGUGGCCUACUCGGUUCCCAUGUAUCUGGCCAACAGCAUCGGUCUGAGGUUCAACCCCAUGUCAAACCAAACCUCUGUUGGACUUAUUGUGGCGGAGAACAGCGACGUUCUGGAGGGCGUGUCUAUUAGCGUCGACGUUUUCAUCGAAAUCACGUCAUUUAUUCUAGUCACAGCUUUCACUGUCGGUCUCAUCUCCUCCUAUUUUAGAACAACAAAAUGGCGGUAUCAGGCCACGGGCGCUGCUAAAGACGGUCAGAUGACCAAUCGUGACCGGAAGUUGGUCAAAAUGGUUAUUUUAGUAUCCAUUGUUUUCAUUGGCUGUUCCUUGCCGACAGUUACUGCAGAUGUUGCCAUGGUGAUGGUCAAAGAUUUUAAUGUCAAAGGUCGUGAGAGAUAUCUAUUUUUAGCCGCGUGUGCCAUAUUUUAUAACAUCAUUUCUCUGAACUCUGUCGUCAACAUGUUUAUCUACCUGAACAUGAGUUCCAGGUUUAGGAAAACUUUUCUAGUAAUCUUUUCUUUUCUAAACGAAACCCAAGAACAUUGA